CCUCCGGGAACCGCCCCCCUUCUCCCCUCGGAGGCGGGGUGCACUCGCGAGAGCCGUCUCCGUGCGGUCCAAUCGGGCCGCGGCUUGCUGCCCGGUCCCGUUGCCAUGCUGCUGGGCGGCACUGACGAUGACGCGAGGUUAAUGGCAGCGGCGGAGGAAGGAGCAGGAGCGGCGGCUUCCCGGGCCGCCGCGCCGGGCGGCUGGUGGAGCCUGGAGGAGGCGGCCGUGCAGCUCGGCGCCUCGGAACCGGCGCUCAAGCUCUUCGUCUCCAUCAUCCUCGGAUACCCCUUUGCCUUUUUCCACCGGUGGUUCCUUCGGGGCCGGGGGCCCCACCUAGUGCAUUACUACAACUCCGUGCUCGGCCUCUGGAUGGCUUACUUCAACUUCGGUUGGCACAUGCUGCACUCCCUCGCUUGUGUCGUUGUCCAGUUCCUGAUCCUCAGGCUGAUGGGGAGAACAGUCACCUGCAUCGCGUCCACUUUCCUCUUCCAAAUGGCCUACCUCUCAGCGGGCUACUACUUCACGGCCACCGAGCAGUACGACAUCAAGUGGACGAUGCCCCACUGCGUGCUCACCCUCAAGCUGAUCGGUCUUGCUCUGGAUUACUACGACGGGCGCAAGGACAAGUCGAUCCUGAGCCAGGAGCAGCAGCAACACGCCCUGCGGGAGUGCCCGGGCCUGCUGGAGGUGACCGGCUUUGCCUAUUUCUACGGUGCCUUCCUGGUGGGUCCCCAGUUCAGCCUGAGCCGGUACCUGCGGUCCGUGACUCCGCGUCCCGAGGGGGAACGUCCGUCCAGCCUGCUGCCGGCCGCCAGGCGCCUCUGCCUGGGGAUGGUCUACGUUGCCAUCUUCACCGUCGCCAAGCCCUUCUACCCGGACGAGUACCUGCUGACCGACGCCUUCGCUGGCCGUUCUCUGGGUUACAAGUGCCUCUACAUCGCUCUCUGGGGAAAGGUCUCCCUCACGAAGUACGUCAGCUGCUGGCUGGUGGCGGAAGGGGUCUGCAUCUUGACCGAGCUGGCCUACAACGGGGUGGACGAGAGCGGACGCCCCCUCUGGGACGGCUGCACCAACAUCCGCGUCUGGCUCUUUGAGAGCACGCUCUACUUCCGGGGCACCAUCGCCGGCUUCAACAUCCAGACCAACCUCUGGUCCUCCAGGUGCAUCUUCAAGCGGCUGAAGUUUCUGGGCAACAAACUGCUGUCGCAGGUGCUGACUCUGCUCUUCCUCUCCGUCUGGCACGGCAUGCACUCCGGCUACUUCAUGUGCUUCUUCAUGGAGUUCCUCAUCGUUUACCACGAGGACCAGAUGCUCAAACUGGCGGCAGAGAGCACCCUGCUGAGCCGGCUGACGGCCAGCGCCAAGCUGAGGCCCCUGGUCUGCGUGGUGAUGCAGGCUUUCCACUGGCUCUUCAUGGGUUACUCCCUCCUGCCCUUCUGCCUGCUGUCCUGGGAGAAGUGGGUGCCGGUCUACCAGUCCGUCUAUUUCCUGGGACACGUCAUCUUUUUCGGCAAUUUACUGCUGCUGCCUUUACACCGGAAACUCCUCCGGCCGAGCAAACAGCGCAAGGCCGACUAGUCGGUGGACGCCCUCCUUGGAAGUGCGGAACGUGCCGCGGGGGGGCAGACGAUUCCACCGCCCACCCUCUCCCCACCCCCAAACUCAUCUCCGGUCUCUCCCCCCCAACCCCUGCACACUACGACCUCCAGCCCCUGUCUGGGAGGCGGGUUUCUCCCAGACACCAGAAACCGGGAGCGCCCGGCGGAUAGUCCGCGCCCCUGUUCUGUUUCGUGACUCCACUUCCCCACCACCACCACCCCCUCCCAGGUCCCCUCCCUCAGCCCCCACCAACAGCGAAAGCACUGCCAUCUGAGAACACCGACCCCCGACUCUCUCCCUCGUCCAUGGACGUCCCUGAAAAGUGGAAUCUCCUCCUCCCCCGCCGCGUCCGCCGGGAGCAGGCAGAGGGGCGGCGGGAAGCGAGGGGGAACUCCGGCCUUGCACCCACAGGGAGACGUCGCGUCCAAUCCGCCCCUCCCCGGGACGGUUCGAUCCCGGUCGCGAGGCCUCCCCGCCCCCCCCCCCCCGAGAAGUGCUGGUGUUUCUUUUUAAUAUAUAACGUUGGAGACAA